GUGGAGUAUACCAGUGUGAGUUCGUAAGCGAAAAGUGUGCGGCAAAUAGUGCAUGUGGUUAUAGAUUCAGUGUUCAUUCCCGCACAGUAUUGAAAGUUCACGUGAAUGUGAUCGCUGGAAUCGGUGGAAAGGGUUGCAAAGCGAAGGCGCUGCAUGAAGCAUACCCUUUGGGUGUCGACAUUCACAGCAGCAGCAGACGCGUUUCGGGCAACAUGAUGAUGACCAAACGUGGGAUUUGGUCAGGACCACAGUUUAAAAUGUUGAUGCUGCUGACCGUUACGGUGGUACUAGCGCUCGUUGUGCCAUCGAAUGAAGAACCGUACGGAGGAGGAGGAGGCUAUUUUGGAGCAGAAACACGAUGUCCGCGGCUAUGUUCCUGCACAGGCACGACGGUAGAUUGUUCACAUCGAGGAUUGACUCAGGUGCCUCGAAAGAUCCCAUCGGAGACUGACAGACUUGAUCUGCAGGGCAAUAACAUCAGUGUCAUCUACGAGUCGGACUUCCAAGGAUUGGCGAAGCUGCGAAUACUGCAACUGACAGACAACCACAUCUACACCAUCGAAAAGGAUGCCUUGCACGAUCUGAUCUCGCUGGAGAGAUUGCGACUUAAUAGCAAUCGCUUAAAAUCUAUACCAGAUAAUUUUUUAUCCAGUGCCGCUAAUUUAUUACGAUUGGAUCUGUCACACAAUGCACUCACUGCCGUACCGAAACGUGCGUUCAAGGGAGCACCGGCGCUGCGCAGUCUUCAGCUGGACAACAACCAAAUCACCUGCCUGGAUGAAGGUGCCGUGAAAGGACUAACAGAGCUGGAGAUACUGACCUUAAAUAAUAAUAACAUCACCACGCUUCCGCGCGACAUGUUUGCCGGAAUGCCACGCCUGCGAGCGCUGCGCCUUUCGGAGAACCCGUUUGCGUGCGAUUGUCAUCUUUCCUGGUUGGCACGGUAUCUGAAGAAUGCAUCACGUCUGGCACCGUACACUCGGUGCCAUUCGCCCGGUCAGCUCAAGGGCCAGAAUGUGGCGGAUCUGCACGAGCAGGACUUCAAAUGUUCCGGCCUCACCGAGAACGCACCGAUGGAGUGUGGCGGUCGAAGCCUCUGUCCCCAUCCGUGCCGCUGUGCCGACGGAAUUGUCGACUGUCGGGAGAAAAGUCUUACCACCGUACCGUCCACGCUACCGGAGGACACAACUGAGCUCCGGCUCGAGCAGAACUACAUCACCGAAAUUCCACCGAAAGCGUUCGCUAACCACCGGCGCCUUAAGCGGAUAGACUUGUCAAAUAACAAUAUUUCGCGAGUCGCCUACGAUGCCUUCAGCGGGCUGAAGUCCUUAACGUCGCUCGUUCUUUAUGGUAAUAAAAUUAAGGAUUUACCGGCGAGCGUUUUCAAAGGAUUAACCUCACUCCAGCUGCUACUGCUGAACGCGAACGAAAUCAGUUGCGUGCGAAGAGACGCUUUCAAGGAUCUGCAUAAUCUCAGCCUUUUGUCACUGUACGAUAACAACAUCCAGUCGCUGGCCAACGGAACGUUCGACUCUCUGCGAAGCAUCCAAACGCUACAUUUGGCACGCAAUCCCUUCAUUUGUGAUUGCAAUCUUCGCUGGCUGGGCGAUUAUCUACACCAGAAUCCGAUCGAAACCAGCGGUGCCAAGUGCGACGCACCGAAGCGUAUGCAGCGCCGCCGGAUUGAAGCUUUGAAGGAUGAAAAGUUUAAAUGCACGGAUGAUUACAGCAAGAUCAAGUACUCGGGCGAAUGCCGCAUGGACCAGGAGUGCCCGGCCGCCUGUCAUUGCGAUCGGACGACGGUUGACUGUUCCGGGCGAGGGUUGAAAGAAAUCCCGCGUGACAUUCCGCUCUACACCACGGAACUCCUGCUCAACGAUAACGAGCUUAAUCGCAUCAAGUCGGAUGGACUGUUCGGUCGGCUGCCAAAUCUGGCAAAGCUGGAUUUGCGCCGAAAUCAGAUAUCCGGCAUCGAACCGAACGCGUUCGAGGGUGCCACCCGGAUACAGGAGCUGUUUUUGAGUGAAAACAAAAUCGCCGAAGUGCACAACAAGAUGUUCCUGGGGCUUCAUCAGCUCAAGACACUAUCACUUUACGAUAACAUCAUUACCUGCGUUAUGCCCGGUUCGUUUGACUACCUGACGUCUCUGACACAGCUAAAUCUGGCCUCGAAUCCGUUCCGGUGCAACUGCCAUCUUGCCUGGUUCUCGGACUGGCUGCGCAAGAAGCAGCUGAAUGGGCCGCCGGCCCGUUGCACUUCCCCGUCGAAGGUGCGCGACGUGCCGAUCAAGGAUUUGCCACACUUUGACUUUAAGUGCACCUCCGACAUGGAUCAGGGCUGUCUCGGCGAGGGUUACUGCCCGCCGUCCUGCACCUGCACCGGCACGGUGGUGCGUUGCUCCCGCAACAAGCUGAAGGAAAUCCCCAAAUCCAUCCCGGCCGAAACGACGGAGCUGUACCUCGAGUCGAACGAAAUCUCGAUGAUACAUUCCAAUCGCAUCAGCCACCUGAAAGCACUUACCAGAUUGGAUUUAAGCAACAACCAGAUCGGAAUACUGUCCAACCACACCUUUGCAAAUCUAAGCAAACUCUCGACACUCAUCAUAAGCUACAACAAUCUGCAGUGCGUUCAGAAGUACGCUCUUGCCGGGCUGACCAACCUGAAAGUGCUUUCGCUGCACGGGAACAAAAUUUCGAUGAUUCCGGAGGGUACCUUCAAUGAUUUGCAAUCAAUUACGCACAUUGCCCUUGGCAGCAAUCCGCUCUACUGUGACUGCUCCCUUCGCUGGCUGUCCGAGUGGGUUAAGCGGGACUACGUGGAGCCGGGCAUUGCGCGCUGUGCCGAGCCGGAACCGAUGAAGGAUAAGCUCAUCCUAUCGACACCGGCCGCCCAGUUCGUUUGCUCCGGCAAGGUAAGCAACGAAAUACUGUCCAAGUGCGACGCUUGCUACACGUUCCCGUGCAAGAACGAGGCGACGUGCAGUGCGCUGCCGGAGCGGCAGUACGAGUGCAAGUGCAAGCCCGGCUACCACGGGACGCACUGCGAGUUUAUGAUUGACGCGUGCUAUGGCAAUCCGUGCCGCAACAACGGUACCUGCACGGUGCUGGAGGAGGGACGCUUCAGCUGCCAUUGCCUGCAGGGGUAUACCGGUUCGCGGUGCGAGGUCAACAUAGACGACUGCGUGGGGCACAAGUGCCAGAACAAUGGCACCUGCGUGGACGGGGUGAACUCGUACAGCUGCUCCUGUGCGGCCAGCUUCACCGGCGAGUACUGCGAGAGCAAGAUUGAGUUCUGCGGCAAGGACUUCAAUCCGUGCCAGAACGGGGCAAAGUGUGUCGACCACACGACGCACUACAGCUGCGACUGUCUGCCCGGCUACCGGGGGCUCAACUGUACCGACAACAUUGACGACUGUGUCAAUCACAUGUGCCAGAACGGUGGCACCUGCGUGGACGGCAUUAACGACUACACGUGCAAGUGUCCGCACGAGUUUACGGGCAAGUUCUGCGAGGGCGCCCCCAUGGUGGCGAUGAUGUAUCCGCAGACGUCGCCCUGCCAGCAGCACGAGUGCAAGUUUGGCGUGUGCUUCCAGCCCAACCCAUCGAGCGCGGACUACAUCUGCAAGUGUGCCCCGGGCUAUUCCGGCAAACGCUGCGAGUAUCUGACCAGCCUCACGUUCCUGCAUAACAACUCGUUCGUCGAGCUGGAACCGCUGCGCACCAAGCCGGAAGCGAACGUGACGAUCGUGUUUAGCAGCACGCAGCAGAAUGGUGUGCUGAUGUACGACGGGCACAACGAGCAUCUGGCGGUGGAGCUGUUUAACGGCCGGAUCCGGGUGAGCUACGACGUCGGGAACGAUCCCGUGUCGACGAUGUACAGCUUCGAAAUGGUGGCCGACGGCAAGUACCAUCUGGUGGAGCUGCUGGCGAUCAAGAAAAACUUUACCCUGCGAGUGGACCGCGGCCUGGCUCGCUCCAUCAUCAACGAAGGCUCGAAGGACUACCUGAAGCUGUCGAGCCCGAUGUACCUCGGAGGGUUGCCGGCGGAGCCAGGCCAGCAAGCGUACAAACAGUGGCACCUCCGCAACCUGACCAGCUUCAAGGGCUGCAUGAAGGAAGUGUGGAUCAACCACAAGCAGGUUGAUUUUCUCAAUGCCGCCCGGCAGCAGAAGAUUACGCCGGGCUGUGCGCUGCUCGAACCGGACAGCGAGGGCGAAAUGGACGACGAGUUUAUGCAGGAAACGCCAGUUAUCCUAAAGGAGGUGAAUCCUUGCGAAAAUCAUCAAUGCAAACGGGGCGGAAAGUGUGUGCCCAACGGUAAGGGUGGCUACACGUGCAAGUGUAAGAAGGGCACCAAGGGCAAAUACUGCGACCAAGGUGAGGGAUCGGUAUCGCUAGUGAUCGACGAGGACCCGUUCAAAACUUCCUCUUCCGCAGCCUCCACUUGCCGCAAGGAGCAGGUGCGAGAGUACUAUACAGAAAACGAUUGCCGUUCGAGGCAGCCGCUCAAGUACGCCAAGUGCGUUGGAGGUUGCGGCAAUCAAUGCUGCGCUGCCAAAGUCGUACGCCGAAGAAAGGUACGCAUGGUGUGCAGCAACAACACCAAAUACGUGAAGCAGCUGGAUAUUGUGCGAAAGUGCCACUGUACGAAGAAAUGCUACUGACUGCAAGACGCGACUACCCAUGAACCACCACCAAUACCAUCAAUAAUAUCUGUGCAGCAUGUAGCAACAUCACCCGACAGUGGCAUUAGGCACCACAGCGGCCAAUCGAAUGGCACCCUAGGAUUACAUGUAUCUAGUUUAAGUGAAGCUAAUUUAAAUACUACUGCACAUAGCAGCUCUAGCGAUAAGUGGAUAAACUUUGAGGUCGACUACGACGACGACGAAAUGAUGCAGAACGAUGCACCGGCCGCGGCACCACUGGCCGUGGUGCCGGUCGAGCCACGCGCGGCCGAAACACUGGCCGGUGGUUCCGCCGCCGCUGCCGGCACAGCGGUCGGCGACGACUUCCAUCGCGUGAUGCACCAGCUGGAGGAGCUGAAGGAGAAGCCUCUGUUCAGUGAGGAUGAGCUCGAGGAGGCCACCGAGGAGGACGAUCUGUUCGACGACGAAGACUACGACCUGGAGGAGGUCAUACGUCGGCAUAAGCAGCGGUUGGAGGAAAGCCGUCGGAAGGCCGGAUUCGUCGAUGAUGACGAUGACGACUACUACGACGAUUACAGUGCCGAAGAUGAUGAGGAGGAGCAGCAGCAGCGGAGAAAACAGGCGAAACAGCCGUCCGCCGCUGGUGCUCCCGAUGGGUCCACGCCGAGCGGAGGUACCGACAGUGUGAUGCAGGACUAUCUGAGUAACAUCAAGAGCAAAUCGGCACCCCAUCGGUUCAAGUCGAAGUUCGACGACUUUACCGAUGGCGACGAUGCGGACACACUGUCCGGUAUCAGCAGCAGCCGGAAGCUGCGCAAGAAUGAUUCCAUCAAAAUCAUCUCCACGCCCAACGGGAAGGUGGGUAUCGUGUACAAGGUGGAGCCGAAGGCAACCGAGGAUGACGCGACCAGAAAGGGGGCGUCCGAGGGCGGCAGUGCUGGUGCGGGGCCGAGCGGGGCGACUGGCGAGCAGCGACAAAACAAGAUCACGCCGGUCAUCACGGCCGACGGUAAGGUUGCGUUGCUGUACCGGGGAGCGUCCGACAACGGGGACACGUUCCGGAACAAGUACGAGCCGAUCACGGCCAAGGACAUACUACAGUUGAUCGACAAUAAUAAUAAUAACAAUAGUAACGUCGGGGCGGCGGCGGCCGGCAACAGCUCGCCCGCUAGCGGGGCGGGCAUCCCAAGCAACACUAACAGCAGUAUUAAAAAUAUUACCAAUAAUAAUAUUUAUAAUAGUCAUAAUAAUUACGGUAAUAGUUAUGAUAGUUUUAAUAGAAACGUCAACAAUGUGAUCGUCGAUUCGCAUCCACCGGAAACGGGCGAUGACUCGCGGGAAAACAGUGCGGCCAGCGGUGGGGCGAGUCGCUUCGAUCCGGCACCGACGGCAGCCGCAUACCCCUGGGUCACCACUACUACGCCAAUGCCCCGCAAGAGUGCGGGCCACGUACACCACGUCGCUCCGGCCGGCAUCUCCUCAACCGUCGGCCCCCAUCACGUCCCAGGCGGCAGGAUGGAAGGUACGCUACUGCCGACCACACCCAGUGCGUACCAACCGUACGAGCGGCAGGAAAACUCGCUGCUCAUCAAUCGCCCGCUCUCGGAGGUGCUGGGCAUUCGCAAGAACCAGUACAUGGAAACGAACACGAUCAAAAUACCAAAUAGCGAAACAUCCACGAACAAGAUGCGCAUCGGCACCAACAACAAUCUCCUGUCCUCGCUGCUGCACAACCUGCAGCAGGGCCUGGCGAACGGUACUUCGGCUACCCACUCGGAUCACCACCACCAGCACCACGGUCGACCAUCGCCGGAUGACGAUCAGCACCGGCGUGCCGGAUACAGCGUGAACGGGUUCAGCCGGUCGCGGUUCUACAUCAACCGUCGUACGACACCCGCCCUGCCACCGCGCAUCAUCAAGGAGGAAAGCGAGGAGGACACGUUCAUCGGUGACGGGGACGACAACUCGCUGCCGGAGGUGAUCAACCUGGCGAUCAUACCCGCGUUCGAGCACGAGAUCGACGAGAAGUACAUCCGGCCGCACCAUGGCGAUCUGCACCGGCGCCACCGGCAUCAGUACAACGUGGCACCGGGCCAGCCGGCGGUCCACUGUGCGAUGCAGGCGCUCGUGGCCUGCGCCGUGCUGGCGACCUUCUUCGGCAUCGUCGGCACGUACUUCAAGUCGCGCGUCGUCGAUCACAUCCGGGUGCUGUACUGGUAGGAUUUGUGCGGUAUUCGAUCGGUGCCGUUGGAGCAUCAGAACUAUCAGAACUACUACUACCGGCUGUAUCGGAAGCUGGUGCAACGAUAACCGGUGUAGCUCUGGCUCCAUUUCUGAACGAUCGAAUACCACGCUCAACUGCCGUUUUGCCGCUCGCUAAGGCGUUGUUAGUAAUGGCGUAUUUAACGAUAGACGAUUUCUGAAUGUUGCGUUCCUGGGACUGCACAUCGGUCUCGGGUUCAUCUGGUUUUUUUUUAACAAUAUUAUGCUUGCAAACCCACACCAACUCAUAUCUAUGUUUCUCCGAUUGAAAAGAUCGUUUCCAAGAACGCCAUUCAACAUAGUUUCCUACGAACUACUACGAGCUUAGGAUUUGAAACUACUGUUAGCAGCGACACAGUGACUCACGCUGUGGACGCGUGAGUAUAAUCCCAUGUAGAGAGAGAGAGAGAGAAUGUAAGAGUAUCCUUCAGUGUGUCUUUGAAUGUGAAACUGAAAGCAAACUGUCCCUGUGUCUGACCCCUUUUGUCCUUACUGCUAAAUGGUCUGUCCGUAACGGAUGCCCUGAGGCGUAGUGCCAUUCUCAGCAAAACUAGUAACCAACAGAAUUAACCACCUGUAUGUGUCGUCUUCGCCGUCAAUGAUGUCUCAUGUACGUGUUUCGGUGUUAAUGCUAGAUCGAGAACAAACGACGAACUGAAAGGAUGAUGAUAUUGGCGGGGACAGGGGCCCUUCUCUCUCUCUUCUGUGGUUUUCUUUCUACGCCCGCAGCAGCCAGUGUAAAGCGACGCCAUAUAUAAACUGUAACAUAUGUUUUGUGAGCCUAGAGUAUAGUACGCAUUUUUGUAUUGAAGAGUGUCGUUGGUAGCGAAUCUGUUCAAACUCUGUAUCCUAUCGUGAAAAUGCAAAUCGAGUAUAAGGCCUUUAAUGAAAGGAGCAAUCGAACGGAUGGCCAUUGUAAAAAGAAAGGUUAAACACACACACACACACAGGCACACACAUCAAUCAAUGCAACACAGUGCAAAGCUAACAUUACACAUUCAUUCAUUCUGAUCGUUCAGAUCACUAGGCUGACUAGUUAAGGAAAAUAUAAUGCAAUCUAGCGUCUUCUCUCCUUCCCGCAAACAAGUAAAAGGGUUCGUAAAAAAGGAAACUGAAACAAAAACGAACCAAGAAAAGCGUAAAAAACGAAAAGAAAUGAAACAAACAAACAAACAAACAAAAAUGGGUAGUCGCGCAAUUAAAAAACAAACAUUUUCAAAAAUAAAUAAUACGACCAAUGGUAAAAGAAAACGAUUUUCAUCUACGCUAAAA